AUCUCCUCACGCGCCCGUAUUGUCCCGCCCGCGAGGGAGGCCGGGCCCGCCCUGAGGCGGCGGCGGCGGCGGUGCGGCCCGGCCUUGCCCGGCAGCGACGACGGCGCCCUCCAUGGCGGCAGCGGCGGCGGCUGGGCCUGCGACGGCGGCGGCUCCGGCGGACGGGCGUCGGGAGGCGGAAGCGCGGGCCCGGCAGGCCGCGCUGUGGGGCCGGGCGCGGAGCUUGUGCCGGCGGCUGCGGGCGCUGCAGGCCCGCCAAGUGGAGCGCCACGUCCGGCAGCAGCUGUCCGGGCUGGCGCGCGAGGUAGGCCGGACGGCGCCGCCGCCGCCGCCCCCCGAGCCCUCGGCCCUGCGCUCCGAGCUGAGGCAGCUGGCAGCCCGCGCCACCGCCCGCCUCCGCGCCGCCCAGCGCGCCUGCGACUCCGACGCCACCGACAGCGCCUCCUCCUCCUCCGCCGCCUUCUCCUCCUCCUCCUCCUCCUCCUCCUCGGAUAGUGAGGGCCCCCCCGAGACGCCCCCGCCGCCGCGCCCCGUCGCCCUUGGGCGCCAUCUAGCAGAAAGCCAGUGGGCAGUGGAGAGAGCAGCCAUUAUCUGCCGGUGGACGUGGCUGCAGGCUCAAGUUUCUGACCUGGAGUAUCGCAUCAGGCAGCAGACAGAUAUCUACAAACAGCUGCGUGCCAGCAAGGGUCCCGUUGUCUUGGGUGGUCUCCAACGCAAAGGUGGGACAAAGCAGCCAAAUGGAUCUGGCUCUCCAGCCGUGGUGGACUCCAGGAGGAAUCAGGUGCUCUCUCCUCCCCCCAACACGAAAGUGCCUACUGGAGACAGGCAGGGUGGUUCGUCUCCCUGUAUCUCUUCCUACCUCCUGCACAACACACAGAAGCAGAAUUCUCACCUUGCGCAGUCUUUAAGAAACCUUGUGUGUCAAAGUCCCUCCUCUACACCCAUCAAUGGGGCUUCAGAGCCCCCCAAAGCCUGCACAUCACCCCAUCAAGUCAACGGAAUAAGUAACUGCUUCCACCCUUGCCCCACGCAGUCCUCCUCCCAGGAUGAUGCAGAUGCUGGCAAGAUUCUCAAGAAACCAAAACAGCUGGAUCACAGUCGGCCUGGUGCACCUUCCCCCCUGGAUAACAGCUGUGUUGCUGCCAGAAUCCGUCCAGUUUGCAGAUACAGGAAGCGCCGGCUUGUGAGAGUCAGCGCAGUCUCUCACCUUGCAAGGAAGCCACAGAAGCCUCUAACCCAAAGAUGUGCCUGCGAGCCUCCUGCUUCCUGCAUCUUGUGUGAUUGUCAGGCCUCCAUUCAGACCCUCGACCCAGAAGCCAUGCCCCUGGAGGAGCGGGUAGCUCUGCUGGAUUCUGGCUUCCAUCCCAUCCUCUCGUUUUCUCAUGGCAGACCUCUUCAUUUACACUUUGGAGCCUUGUUAAGAGAGGACCACAGGCUAAGUCAUAAGCUCAAGACUUUGAGGAUGCCUCAGUGGAGGUUGAAAGACGUCACCAGCAAUUGUUCCUCUCCUGCAUCUGGUUCUCUGCUUAAAGAGUCAGCCAGCCACAGGCUGCUGCUUCCCAGCUCUCAGACCCACAAACCUAGUUACUUCCAUCACUUGCCCUCUGUGUGCCUAGAAAAUACUUCUGUCCCACCCUCUGGCCAAGUCCCUGGCAAUUCCAUGGCUGCUGGCAGCUCAGGAUUGCAGCCUGCGAAGAAGAAAAAAGUAGAAUCAUCUUACGACAUCAAUAACAUAGUCAUUCCAGCAUCAAUGGCUGCAGCUACACGAGUAGAGAAGCUGCAGUAUAAAGAGAUUUUGACACCAAGCUGGAGAAGGGUGGAUCCCAGGGAACUGAAAGCACCAGGAGAAGCCAGCCCGGAGCUGGAAGACACCUCCGACGAGGCGUAUCUAACGCAUCACCAAACGUUUGAAGAGGUGGAGCGCGCCCGCUGGGAUUCCUGGGCAGAAGCCACUCCCCACAGGCGAGGAAACAGGGUCUCCAACAAAGCAGACGGCCGUUGCCUACCUCAGCUGGGCUCUCUGGACGUCCUGUCUCAUCACCUUAACCAUCUCUCUCCCACGGGAUCUUUCAGCCCAGAGCUCUUUGAUAUUCUGCAGCCCCUCCUUAUCAGGAACAGGAAUAGAGAAGACCUGUUGUUCUCCCUCCUAGAAACAGAGGACGAUGUGCAGAAUGUGCAGCCAUGGGAACGCCGCACUUUCCCCCUUUCUGACACGGAGUACCAAGCGCUUCAGGAGCCGCCGUGCGAAGAAGCUGCAGAGAAGCAGACAAGGGCCUUUCAGCCAUGGGACUCUGGCCCCCAUCAGGACUUGAGGACUAACCAGAUACAUUCUGGCCUGUCUCCUACUAAGGAGUCCCUCCAGGCCAUCUGGCAGCUGCAGUCCAAUGGCAGCAGGCAUCGAGAAGACUUUGCCAGCCAGCACUAUGUCACAACGAGGCUCAUCCACAACAGAUGACCUCCCGGGCCUCACAACGCUGUCUGGUAGAGUUGCACUUAUACUCUAGAGAUUGCCAUGGCAGAGCUUCAUAGGUGAGCUGACCCAGCAGAGGCCGGGCGGCAGGAAGGCCUUCCGUGCACCCCGCAGAGGGUCCGGCUGUGAACUUGGAGCUCUGGCUCUCCCCGAAUCAGUGAGGGCUGGACAGGCAGCAGAGGGCAGGUGCAGAGCCUCCUGUAGUGGAGGAAGAGGGAGCCACCCAGAAAGGCUGACUUGUGGGUUUAUUUGGGAUGGAAGAACUCCAGUGCUUUUCUGGCAAGAAGGUUAGAGGCAACUGUUAGCGGUGUGGCGGCUCAAGGCCCCCCCCCCCCCCAAGAGAGCAGCAAAGAGGCUGAGUAUUGGCCCCACAGAGACUGGAGGCCAAGGAGGAGGGGAGGUGGAGAAGCUGUUGUAGUUUAGAAGUAUGCUUCUCACAAAAGGAUGCCAGCUGGCAGAACUUCUCAGCCGCCUGGGCUUUUGUGCCAGUUUGGGAAUAGGCCCCGGGAACUGGUUGUGAGUAACUGUUCACACUGACCUAGAGGGCUCCCCGUGGUGCCUCUCCAUGAAGGCGCGAGGGGUACUUGCUGUGCAUGAGCAUUGGAGACAUGCCUGGAGGAGAAGGCAAAUGUUUCCCAUUCUUGUUUCAUAUGGUUUUUAGUUUUGAAAUGUAGCUUGAAAAUCACCAGCCUUCUAACCAUGAAUCAUGUUCUGUUGGCCUUACAGACAGUGCAGCUGUUGCUGAGAUGUGACAAAUCAUGAUGUAAAUCCUGUUCAUUGUAUGAAUGUUUGUAUUUAUCUCCCAAUAUAUGUAAUAAAAACUGGCUUAACGGCUGGUGCGUCCCCUUG